AUGGACACCAAGCCGCUCUCUAAGGAUUCUAUGAAAUCCACAUGGCGAACAGCAGAUCGCUCGGAGUGGACUCACCAUCACUGGUCUCUGGAGUUACUUAACGUGCAUCCGAUCGACCUAAACAAGGAUGUCCCAGUACACUCUAAAGACGAAAAGAUUCCUUAUAUGCCCCAAUGGUCUCUUCAGCGCUGGGUGCUCUUCUAUUCAGCGGUUCCUCUUCUCCUCCAUCAAACCUACAUGGUCUUCACCGGCCGUACACUCGGUCCAAUCGCCGCUUUCAACCUCUACUUUUUCGCCUUCAACGCCACCGUCAUCCACCAAGUCCAUGUCCUCCGCCGAUUGGGCCAUAAAUACGGCUUCCUUGACGGGGACAAGCAUGAGCGCGAUGGAAUCCCGGAUGUAGGGGUUGCCAAAGUGGUAGCCUCAUUAUACAAAACAACCGGUUCUCGCCUGGUCAUGGCAACCUACUUGACCUACAACCGCGACCAGCUACCCAGUCAGCUAAGCUGGGCUUGGCUGCCUCUCGAAAUCGGCCUGUACGGUAUCGUCCUCGACUUCUGGUUUUACUGGUACCAUCGACUCAUGCAUGACGUGGGGUUCCUUUGGAAGUUCCACCGCACACACCACCUUACGAAGCACCCCAAUCCUCUGCUUGCUGCCUAUGCCGAUCAUGAGCAAGAGUUCUUCGACAUGGUCGGCGUCCCUGCGAUGACAUAUUUCAGUCUCAGGCUGACGGGUCUUCCGAUGGGCUUCUAUGAGUGGUGGGUGUGCCACCAGUAUGUUGCCUUUGCGGAGGUUUUCGGGCACAGCGGUCUGCGGAUGCAUCUCACCGUCCCAUCCACCUUGAGUUGGUUGUUGCAGAUGUUUAACUGUGAGAUUGUGAUCGAAGAUCAUGACCUGCAUCAUCGCAAGGGGUGGAGGAAGAGCCACAAUUAUGGCAAGCAGACGCGUCUCUGGGAUCAGAUCUUUGGGACAUGUACUGAACGUAUUGAGUCGACGGAGGCGAACGUCGAUUAUGAGAACCCGGCUACGAUGCCUCUUUUCUAG